AUGAACACGACAACUAAACUGCUUGUUGAUGGUGGAAUAUAUGGUUUUAAUGGCUUAUUAUCCGACUUAAAGCGCUUUGUCGAUGAAACUUUGGGACUUAAAGGGAAUCAGUUAAGCUCAACUAUUAUUGAAAUUCCUCCGUCCAAUGAUGAAGAUCAACAUGAUAAUUUGACAAACGCCACUGUAAUUGUAGAUCAAUUAACGAGCCUCUUAUUAGCAUACACCAAAGAUGCACCCCCGAGUAAACAACAAGGCAUGAUUAAUGCGCAUAGAAAUAGAAUACAUAUUACAAGAUUGCAAACAUAG